AUGGCGGAGGGUCUUGGAGCUCUGUUAGAGGCAAGCUUGGAUCCCAGGCAGAACAAGGCCGCCGAGAUUACUCUUCGUCAGGAAGAACAGAAGCCUGGAUUCUCGGUACAGCUUCUUCAUAUCACCGCUUCGGAGACGACACCUUACAACACCCGUCUUGCCAGUGCUCUAUGCUUCAAGAACUUUAUCAAGCGCAAUUGGACCGACGAGGAUGGAAACUACAAGCUGCAGGAGGAAGAAGUUGCAACUCUCAAGCGCGAGUUGAUCUCCUUGAUGAUCGCAGUCCCGCCAGGGAUCCAAAGUCAAUUGGGAGAGGCUGUCAGUGUUAUCGCUGACAGUGAUUUCUGGGAGCGCUGGGAUACUCUGGUUGAUGAUCUCGUUUCGAAGCUGUCACCGGAAAACCCUACCGUCAACAUCGGUGUGCUGCAAGUGGCGCACUCGAUCUUCAAGAGAUGGAGACCUUUAUUCCAGUCUGAUGCGCUCUACACUGAGAUCAACCACGUUCUCAGCAAGUUCGGUACUCCGUUCCUGGCCCUGUUUGAGGCACUAGAUAACUAUCUUGAACAAAACAAGACGAACAAAGAGAAUCUGGCACAAGGGUUCACUCAACUAAAUCUGAUGGUCAAGCUAUUCUACGACCUGUCGUCCCACGAUCUCCCUCCUAUGUUUGAGGAUAACAUUUCCGGAAUCGCCACAAUCUUCCUCAAAUAUCUGACUUACGAUAACCAAUUACUCCACACCGACGAUGAGUCAGAUGCUGGUCUGUUGGAAUACGUUCGCGCCGGAAUCUUUGAGGCUCUGACCCUAUACGUCCAGAAAUACAUGGAUGUAUUCCAGCCUCACGUUGGCCAAUUCAUUGAAAGCUCGUGGCACUUCCUCACAACUAUUGGCCAGGAGACGAAGUAUGAUAUUUUGGUCAGCCGCGCACUGCACUUCCUGACGUCUGUCGCGGGCAUGCCCGAGCAUGCUGUUGCCUUCCAAGCCGAGGAAACAUUGGCUCAAAUUGUUGAGAAGGUCAUCUUGCCGAAUGUCAGCCUUCGCGAAUCGGACGAGGAGCUCUUUGAGGAUGAACCAAUCGAGUUCAUUCGACGGGACUUGGAAGGAUCCGACAGCGAGACCAGACGACGCGCUGCCACCGACUUCCUCCGCAAAUUGGCAGAGAAAUUCGAGGAGUCAGUGACUCGGGUUGUACUCAAGUAUACCCAGCACUACUUGGCUGAGUAUGCCAAGGACUCCUCUAACUGGAAGGCCAAGGACACAGCAACAUACCUCUACUCUGCUAUCGCCGCCAAGGGCACCGCGACCUCCUCGCAUGGUGUCACUGCCACGAACCAGUUGGUCAGCAUUACAGAUUACUUCCAGCAAAACCUGGCCGCGGAUCUGAUCAACGAGGACGGCGUACACCCGAUCCUGAAGGUCGACGCCAUCAAGUAUCUGUACACUUUCCGCAGUAUCAUCACCAAGGAACAGUGGCAGCAGGUUCUCCCUGUGCUGGUGAAGCACCUGGGGUCAUCCAACUUUGUUGUGUACACCUACGCCGCCAUUGCUUUAGAGCGAGUGCUUUUCCUCAGCGACAGCCAAGGACAGCCAGUCAUUCCAGCGACGGAUAUCCAACCGCUCGCUAAGGAUCUUUUGGAACACAUCUUCAAGCUCAUCCAAAGCAACCCGGCCCCUGAAAAGGUGCAAGAGAACGAGUUCCUCAUGCGUUGCGUGAUGCGAGUUCUGGUCGUCAUCAAGGAUGGCGUAGUGCCUUUCACCGACCUCGUGCUCCAGCGCUUCAUCGACAUUACCAAAAUCAUCAGCGCAAACCCAAGUAACCCCCGAUUCUACUACUUCCAUUUCGAAGCCCUGGGUGCUUUCAUCCGGUUCGCUGCUCCUGCCAAUCCCGAUAAGCUUGAGCAGGCUCUCUAUGUGCCCUUUGCCGGUAUUCUCCAGAACGAUGUGCAGGAAUUCAUGCCCUAUGUUUUCCAGCUCUUCGCUGCGCUGCUCGAGGCCAAUCCAUCAGCCACGCUCCCCACCUAUUACCAGGAGCUUAUUGGUCCUAUCCUAAUGCCCGUGAUGUGGGAUUCCAAGGGAAACAUCCCUGCCUUGGUCCGACUGCUUACCUCGAUUAUUCCUCGUGGCUCGAAGUUCAUCUUCGAGAACAAUCAGCUUGAGCCCAUCCUUGGUAUCUUCCAGAAACUGGUUUCCACCAAGGCUAACGAGAGCUUCGGAUUUGACCUCCUGGAGGCCGUCGUUGGUAGCUUCCCACCAACUGCUCUUGAGAACUACUUCAAGAUGAUCAUGCAGAUCAUUCUCCAGCGUCUUCAGAAUUCCAAGACUGAGAACCUGACUCUCCGAUUCGUCCGCUUCUUCCACUUUGUCUCGGCCCGGAGUGAUACGGGUUACAAUGUCGACUUCUUCAUCAAGGUCACCGAUGAAGUUCAAGCAGGACUGUUCACCCCUGUCUAUAUCAACGUUAUUCUGCCCGAGACUCAGAAGCUUGCCCGUCCCUUGGAUCGCAAGACGGCGAUCGUCUCCUUCACCAGGACCAUUGCCGGCUCGGAGGCAUUCGCCACUCGCUACAGCCAGAAGGGAUGGGGCUUCACCUGCACAGCCUUGCUUAAGCUCCUUGAACUUCCGCCGCUGCCUGCCGGCAGAGAUGAUGUGAUCAACGAGGCUGACAUCGAAGACAUGUCCUUCGGCGUUGGAUUCACGCCUCUGAACACAAUCCGUGCUCAGCAGAAGGACCCCUGGCCCGAAACUGGAGCCGAUCUCAAGGCUUGGGUGGGCACAUACCUCAAGGAGGCCGACAAGACGCAGAAUGGCCGCGUGUCGCAGUUUGCCAAUGAGCGUCUGGAUGACCAGUCAAAGGCUGUGCUCGCAGGCUACAUGUCUUAG